AUGUCUGCUUUGGAUGAAGGCAAGGCCUUGGAGUUGAUCCAUACAUGUUUGAAGGAUCUGGUCGUUGAAUCUCAAAUUCUAAGAUGUACACAUGUAGACUUAUUAUGUGUUCAGAGUUUUCCUGAAGAUAGGCCAACAAUGUCAUCUGCAAAUUUUAUGUUACAAAAUGGAGACUCGACCUUCCUCACCCGAAAGAGCCAUGUUUCUUUGCCGAAAAGAGUUCGAACACAGAUACAGCUGCAUCGAAUAAUGCAUAGUUACAAUGCAGCCACUAUAACAAUUCUUGGAGAAAGAGAGAAAUUCCUGAUUUACUUGGGAAACAAAAACAUGAGAAGUAGGUUUGCCUCUCUUCUCAACUUGUUGGUUUUUCCAUUCCUUGCCUUCCAAGUUAUCAAUGGCGCUAAUACGAUUGAAAAAGGUCAGCCUAUUACAUAUCCCAAUACAAUUAUAUCAGUUGGGGGGAGAUUCGAACUUGGGUUCUUUUCUCCAGGAAAUACCUCGAAGUACUAUGUUGGCAUAUGGCAUAAAGUGUCUAACCGAAGCAUUGUUUGGGUAGCUAACAGAGAGUAUCCAUUCCCCGGGCAAUCCUUGAAUCUUAGCAUCAGUGACGACGGAAAGCUUGUGAUUUCAGAUGACAGGACGGUCUAUGAUGUGACAGGCGGUAUCACCAACCGCAACACUUAUGCACAGCUACUAGAUUCAGGUAACCUUGCCUUGCUCGAUCAUGGUAGCUUACAAGUUUUAUGGGAAAGUUUUAAGGAUGAAACAAAUACUAUUUUGCCUGGAAUGACUCUUCAAGAUGAUAGAUUAUUUGGACAUAAUGGGUUGCUAGUGUCGUGGAAAACUUCGGAGGAUCCAGCCCCCGGUUCAUUCUCUUUGGAACUAAGAGAUUGGAUUUUACUUAUUAAGAAGGGUUUCAAAACAUACUGGACUGAUAACCGAAAUCUCUUUCUAAGUUUUGAUCUGUCACGUCAGGGAUAUUGGAAAUUUCCAAAUACUUCUGAGGUUACACAGAUUGUACUGGAUGAGUUUGGGCAGCUUAAGCUACAGUCUUGGUCUGAAGAUGACCAACGUUGGCAUACAUUAGAGUCUUCAAUGUGUCCGUAUCAUCAAUGUGGUGUUUUCAGCAUUUGCAGCAUCACUGCUGAAACACCGUGCAGCUGUUUGGAAGGUUUUGAACCUAUUAAGAAUGGGGAAUCUGAAGGUUGCAUGAGAAAAGCUGACUUGCAGUGCAGCACCGAAGAAGUUCAAGUUCAGAUUGAUGGAAGGAAGAAAAGGAGCCUGGAAUUCGUCAAAAAAAACAAAUCAAAACUCCAACUAUUCAGUUUUGCAAGCGUUUCUGCUGCAACAGAUAAAUUUUCAGUGGAAAAUAAGCUUGGUGAAGGCGGUUUCGGACCUGUUUAUAAGGGAGUAUUACUGAAAGGUCAUGAGAUAGCUGUCAAAAGACUAUCAAGAAGAUCUGGACAAGGAUGGGAGGAGUUGAAAAACGAAGCACUUGUCAUAGCCAAACUCCAGCACAAGAACCUUGUCAGGCUUUUAGGAUGUUGCCUUGAACGAGAUGAGAAGAUACCAAUUUAUGAAUACAUGCCAAAUAAGAGCUUGGACUUUUUCCUUUUUGAUUUGGUCAAACGUUGGGUACUUGAUUGGGAGACUCGUGUUCGGAUCACUGAAGGCAUUGUGCAGGGGCUUCUAUAUCUUCAUCAAUAUUCUAGAUUGAGAAUCAUUCACAGAGAUUUGAAGGCUAGUAACAUUCUGUUGGAUAGCAACAUGAAUCCCAAGAUUUCAGAUUUCGGAAUGGCGAGAAUUUUUUUGGGGGAGGAAUUACAAGCAAAUACAACUAGAGUCGUUGGAACUUAUGGUUAUAUGGCCCCGGAGUAUGCUCUUGAAGGCCUGUUUUCAGUGAAAUCUGAUGUGUUUAGCUUCGGAGUCUUGCUACUGGAGAUUGUGAGUGGGAAGAAGAACACUGGUUUUUAUCAGUCUAAUUCUCUCCAACUUCUCGCCCACGCAUGGAGUUUGUGGACCAGCAACAGUCCAGUGGACUUAGUUGAUCCAACGCUAGAGAAAAUGCCUACACAUUUGGCAAUCAGAUAUGUCAACAUAGGGCUACUUUGCGUCAAAGAAAUUGCAGACGAUAGACCGACCAUGUCCGAUGUUUUCUCGAUGCUUACCAAUGAAAGCUCGGUCUUACUUUCUCCUAAACAACCAGCUUUCUUCAAUGCAACAAGAAUGACGAAAGACAUGGCAAAACAGAGCAGGUCUGAAAUUUGCUCUGUAAAUGAUGUAACAUUUUCAGUCUUGGAUGCUCGGUAA